AUGGCUGCCUUCGAGGACGGCAUCGGGGCGCGGUGUGGCCGCACCUCCGCGUCGGAGCAGCUGUGGAUGGGGCUCUCGGGAGCAGCUGUGAAGGGCUCAGAGAUCAGCUACAGCGCUGGGAUUAGCGCGUGCGAGAAGGGCUCGCAGGGGCUCCUCCACAGGGUCACCAAGUGGCGCCAGGCUUGGCAGGCCCCCAAGGGCAGCAUAUCCAAGAAGCUGCUCCCAGCGGAGCCUCAGGCCGCCGUGGACCAGGAGUUGCACGACUGGUCGAAGGUCUGGGUCACUGGCUCAGGUUUCCCCAAGCCAUGGAGGGGCCUCCAGCAAGUCGCUGUCACGCCGCCCAGCCCUCACCACCUGCGUGGCUUGGCCCAGCGUUUCAAGGCCAAGACGGGGAUUGGCGUGGACGGGUGGCAACCAAAGCUUUGGGCGUACCUCACGGACGGCACGCUCUCGGUGCUCGCGAGCUACGACUACACGGCGGCGGGCCAAUCCUCCGAGCGGGCCCUGUGGAAAGCUUUGUUGGACGAUGAGCUCGUGUUGGGCACAGGCAUACGUGCGGCUACGAUGCUGGCGGACCUCGCCAAGUGUUAUGAGAAGGUUUCCCAUGAGCGUAUGUGGUGGCUUGCAGCUUGGUGGGACGGCCCGCUGGAGGUGGUCGCGCUCGCGCUGGAGAGUUUCGCCUUUGGCCGUGUCAUUCGUCUUGGGGAGGCCUGCUCCGCGGAGGUCUUGUCCUCCACAGCGCUCCCAGCGGGCAGCCGUUUCGCGCCCACUUUCCUGAGGUUCUACCUCAUGCUGUGCUUAGACGACCUGCUGGGGGUCUUCCGCCUCACGAUCUACCUGUACGUUGAUGACAUCGCCCUGCGGGUCAUGUCCACCGAGGCGCGCGUCUUGCACAUUUUGCCGCAGGCCACGCGCUUGCUGUUCUGGAUGCUGGAGUCCUUCCUGGGCCUGGAGGUAGCCCGAGCGCGGGACGGGGCGAAAGGCAAGUGCUCCUUCCUGCAAACGGCCACUCCGUCUUCAGGCUUGACGCAGGCCAUGGCCGUCCUGGGAGUGCCACCCAGCACCUCGGAGCGGUGGCUCGGUAUCGACUACGGUCCCAGCGUCAAGGCAGAGAACCAGUCAGCCCCAGUCAGACACGCGAGGCUCAAGGUAGCCAAGCAGCGCUGGCCAAGAUACGCGGCCUUCCUCGUGCACGCGGGGGCAAGCUCAAGAUGGUCGUGCGGCAGGGCCUCGGAGCCUCGGUCGCCUACGGUGCCCGUGUCCGUGGCACGCCCAGGAGGGGACGUACAUCUGGAUCUACUGCAGAUCUGCCCCAAGUCCGUUGAGGCCGCCGUGCUGCUGGCCGCCCGUUCCCGAGCUUUGUGCCAGUGGGCGGCGGCCCAGCCCGAGCGGGCUGCGCUCCUGCCAGCGCCGUGGCUCACCCCAGCGAGGCAGUUGGUCAAGCGACGCAAGCAGGACGGGUGGCUGCAGCACCAUGCCGACGCGGUCAAGAAGGCGGUGCUGGGAGGUUUCCCUUCGCAGGAGGCCCUUUUCUUGUCGGGCCAGGCGGACACUCCGUAUUGCCAGUUGUGCGACGACACGACCUGUUUCGGCACGCACCAGCACUAUUACUGGCGGUGCGGCAGCCCGACGUGUGCUACAGUAAGGGAGCAGCUGACAGCCCACGACGCAUCACCUACCUUCAGAGACGUCGUCCACCUGGGCGUGUCGGCCUCCUCGUCGGAAGCCUCAAGGUGGCUAUGGGAACGGGGUCUGCGGCGGACCCCAUGUUACGGCUUGGCUUGGAGUCUACCGUCGCAGCGCACCUAUUGGAUCGUCAAUGGCGCGGCCCCCGAGCUCACGGGUGUGCUGGUGUCGGACGGAUCAGUCAAGGGCUUGGAUGACCUCAGGCACGGCGGCUGGGCGGCUUUGCAGUGCACAGCGGAGGCCGAGGAUGUGGUGCAGGGCCUGUACGGCCCACUGCCCUUUCCUGACCCCAGCUCGGUCCUGGCAGAGUUGUGGGGUCUCCUCCACGCCCUCAGGCAUGCGGUCUUCAUCACGGCCAUCAUCAUUGACAAUGCCCAGGUGGUCCGAGGCUUGGCACGUGGCAGGGCAUGGUGUUGCUCCUCGGCCAGGCCCUAUGCGCACGUCUGGCUUGAGAUCUGGGACCGCCUGGACGACAUGGACAUCCUUCCUGGCAGAGAGCUGUCUGUCAUCAAAGUCACAUCGCACAUAUCGCAGGCCAAACGUCUAGAGCUGCCAGAGGAGGUCCAGAUUCAUAUGAAGCACAAUGAUUUAGCAGACGAAUGGGCCAAGCAAGGGGCAGACCUCAGCGCGCCGCCAGAGUGGGCCACGUUGCAGGUCAAGCAGGAGCUCAAGGCCACCAAGCGCGUGCUCGAGUACAUCGGGCACUUCAGGGUCCUCCUCGACGGGGUCAAGUUGGCGGAGCCGAGGCCCAAACGACAGCAGGGCCAAGAGGUCCACACUCCGCAGGCAGCGCGGCCUCACGCUGGUCCCAGGCACCCGCACGUUCUGGAAGUGUGCCGCGGUUAUUCCAAGUGCACCAGCUGCGGCAAGAUUGCCCGCACUCGCCUUGCGGCCUUUCAGUUGCAGGAGUGCCGUGGUCGUCUCCAAGGGCUCCAGGGCAAGUUAGUCAAGAGUGCGGUCAAGAGAGGCAGGGUGGCAGUGCCUCUUCUCGUUGCAGCAGGCGCCGCCGCUCGGCCUGUCCGACAACGGGCAGACCAUGGAGAUCAGGAUGAGCCUCGUGUAGAGCCCGACCCUGCGCCAGCCUCCCAGCUGGGCCCCGACCCGCUGUGGGCUCAUGUCGCAGCAGCCCGUGAGGCUCUGGGCAGGAUGGAGCGGAUACCCGACGGCCCUGCGUGCAUGGGAACCCCGUCAAGCCAGCCACACAUCACGCUCGAGCAGCAGCAGGUCCGUUCCAUCAUAGACGAUGCCAUCAUCUGGGCGUCUUUCUGGAUCGAUCGCUUCGACGUGGCAGGCUUCACCAACGAGUGGGACUACCGCACGUGGUGUUCGGAAUACCUUGAGAGGUUUCUCAGCCUGGCGACGUGGACUCCAGUUCGAGAGCGUCUUUUACGUAGCAACCCUGGCCGCACUCUAGGGCAGGUAGUCGACGAUCUAUGCGCUACCUCUUGGACGCGGGCCGAGCCAGCCCGUCAGGCUCAGUUCGCCAGAGUACGGCCUGACUCGGGUUUGACAGCCAAACAGCGACGUCGGCUGCUUCGGCAUCACUUCGACGUGCUGAACCAGGUCAGGGAGCGUUUCAAGGAGCUUCUGGGAGAUCGUGCUCCGCCUGAGACGGCCUCGUGGCACCAGUGGGUCUUCGAGCCCCUCUCCCCGGAGGACGACCAAGGAGGUGAUGCGGCAGGCCGCGCAGCCGAGGGCACCAUGGGGUACGACGAUGCCGACGAGUUCGCGGCCCUCAGCGUGCACAGCGACCUCGAGGUAGUGGAGGCAGGCGGCACGGCGGCCUUCGGCACCCAGGCGUCAGAGCGCUUGUCGUCGCCCAAUCCCGACCUCGCCCCCAGGGCACUCCAGCCACAGGAGGAGGGAGCUCCAGCGGGUGGGGUGAGGCGGGAGGGUGUUUUGCGGAUCCGCAGUGCGGCAGCCUCCAGUUCCCAAGAAGUGGUCGGCGGUGCUGUGGCUGGCGCUGGGGCAGCAGUUCCCACGGUGUCGACUGCGGGUCAACCUGAUGGUGAGCCUGGAGCUGAUCAGGGCGAUUUGGCCAGCGCCCUGGCCGUGGACGGCAAGGAUGCCACACAGGCAAAGGCCGCAGCGUGCUCCGCCCCCCUGGAGGCACACCAAGCUCGGGCUGGCCAGGGCAGCCUGAAACACGGUGGUAAGGCCCCUAGGACUGGUUCCUCAGCAUCUUCGGCGGCGGCGGCGGGCUUGGGCCAGGGAGCAUUGGCACCGCUGGCGGGGCCCCCGCCGCCCUCGGCUGCGGCCGCGGCGGCCUCGGAGCCAGAGCAGGCUGCGCGCGGGCGGGCGGCCUCUGCCCAGCCCGCCAGGAGUGGCCAGGCGCUGCCUGGGACGGCCAGGGCAGCUUCGGCGGAGCCGAGGCCGCAUACGGUCGAGAUCAUCGGCCACUUCGUGGUCUGCGUGGUGCGCGGGUCCUACUACAGCUCGGUGGCCAGGAACCUCGGCGGGCCGUGCAGGAGGCUGGACCCGCGUGACCCAGGCGACAGGGAGCGCCUCAGGCGCAUCCGCCGCAUCCAGCGCGGCCAGGACCCAAAAACUGUCAGCUACAACGCUGGGGUCAGCGCGUGCGAGAAGGCUCGGGCUCGGCCCGUCCCCGCCGCCUGCCGCGGGCUGGCGGUGGACGUGAGCCGCGGGGCUGCGCCUCUGCCGCUCUCCUCGGCCGUGGCGCUGCUUGGCGGCAUGGCCUUCUGCAGCCUCUGUGGCGGCUGCUGCAUCGGGGCCCCAGCGGCCCGCUGGUGUGGGCGGCUGCCCUUCACCCGCGCGCGCGCGGAACGAUCGGUGCCCCUGCGGGGCACGGUCGGGCGCGCGGCGCGCAUUGGCCUACUGCCCAGGGGCUCAGUCAGCUACAACGCUGGGAUCAGCGCGUGGAAGAAUGGCGAGCAGUGGCAGCGUGCUUUGGCGCUGCUGAACGAGAUGUGGGAGGACGUCUUCAAGCACGUCGUGCUCGUGGCCCUGCUGCAGCAGAUGGCGGCGGGCGCAGAGCCCUUCACUUUCAUCUCGGGGGAUCAGAGAGUGUGCAACCAGGCCUUGGGCUCCUCCUCGCGCGACCUGAAACUCUACCCAGGCUCGCCGGCGCUGGCGUGGCAGUGGCUGAGGCCGCAGGACACCGCCGUUCUGUUCGAGGUCGCCACCAAGCCCUACGAGGCCCUGAGGCGGAGCUUUUCCUUGCUGGACCGAGGGGAAGGUCGCCGCCUCUCGCUGCUGCACGACGACUCGUACCUGCGGCUCACCUUUGGGCCCUGGCCCUGGCUCAGCGGGCGGGAGCUGGUGCUCCUGGACCCGCCAUACGAUUCCAUACAGUCCCACAACACGUGGAACGUGUUCGCCCUCAGGCGCCUGCUCCAGAGGUCGCCCUCCAGCUGCGUGGCCCUGUGGUACCCGCUGGUGGACCAGGAGAAGGUCGCGGGUCUGCACAGCCGCGUCCAGAGCCUCGCCGCGGGCCGCGUGCUGGUGGCCGAGCUGUGGCUCGGGGGCGCGUGGCCGCGUGGGGGGCGCCAGACUCGGAGUGAGGUUGACGAGGAGCACCCGAGCGCUGGAGUACAGCCACAGCAGAUCCUGAUCGACGACGGCCGGGUCGACGAUCAGGCACGACAGGCCCAGGUGUGGAGCCACGCGUGCGCCGAGGCCGCACACCCCAGGCGGGCCACUGGGGGCAUGCUCCGAGUCAGCUACAGUGCGGGGGUCAGCGCGUGCGAGAAGGGCGAGCAGUGGCAGCGGGCCUUGGCGCUGCUCAGCGAGAUGCGGGAGGCGAAGCUGGAGUCCACUGUCAUCAGCUACAACGCUGGGGUCAGUGUGUGCGCAAAAGGCAAGCAGUGGCAGCGGGCCUUCACGCUGCUCAGCGAGAUGCGGGAGGCGAAGCUGGAGCCCAAUGCCAUCAGCUACACCGCUGGGAUCAGCGCGUGCGAGAAAGGCGAGCAGUGGCAGCGGGCCUUGGCGCUGCUCAGCGAGAUGUGGGAGGCGAAGGUCGAGCGCGACGUCAUCAGCUACAGCGCUGGGAUCAGCGCGUGGGCAAAGGGCGAUCAGUGGCAGCGGGCCUUGGUGCUGCUUAGCGAGAUGUGCGGGGUGAAGCUGGAGCCCAACGUUAUCUAUACUCUACAACGCUGGGAUCAGCGCGUGCGAAAAAGGCGAACAGUGGCAAUGGGCCUUGGCGCUGCUCAGCGAGAUGCGGGAGGCGAAGCUGGAGCCCAAUGUCAUCAGCUACAAUGCUGGGGUCAGUGCGUGCGAGAAGGGCGUUCAGUGGCAGUGGGCCUUGGCACUGCUCAGCACGAUGUGGGAGGUGGAGCUCGAGCCCGAUGUCAUCAGCUGCAACGCUGGGAUCAGCGCGUGCGAGAAGGGCGAGCAGUGGCAGCGGGCCCUGGUGCUCCUCAGCGAGGUGCGGGAGGCGAAGCUGGAGCCCAACGUCAUCUUCAGCUACAACGCGGGGAUCAGCGCGUGCGAAAAGGGCGCUCAAUGGCGGUGGGCUCUGGCGCUGCUCAGCGAGAUGCGGGAGGCGAAGCUGGAGCCCAAUGUCAUCAGCACUACAGCGCCGGGAUAAGCGCGUGCGAGAAGAGCGGGCAGUGGCAACGUGCUUUGUCGCUGCUGAGCGAGAUGUGGAAAACGAAGGUGGACCCGAACGUCGUUCAGCUACAAUGCAGGGAUCGGCGCGUGCGCGAAGGGCAGGCAGUGGCAGCCAGCGUUAGCGCUGAUCAGCGAGAUGUGGGAGGCGAACCUGGAGCACGACGUCAUCAGCUACGUCGUGGGGAUCAGUGUGUGCGAACGUACGGGGACAAACUAUUCGAACCACCACACACAUAUGAGAGGUAUGUUCAUGAUCCCCCCCCCCGAACACACUGUUGA